AUGGGGAAUGGAGAGGAGAAAGGAGAGCUCGGAUCAAUUUGGUUUGCGUCAGAAAUGAAAGCUAUAAGUGAUGAUUGUGAAAGAUUCAUAUCUUUUCCUCCUGGGCAUCUAUACUCUGGCAAACAAGGAGGGCUGAGAAGGUGGUACAAUCCAGAAUGGUUUUUGGAGAAGAUACCAUCAUAACCUUAUGAUCCCAUUGUUUUACGCUAGGCUUUUGAGAAGGCAGUGUUAAAGAGACUUACGACAGAUGUACCAUUCGGUGUUCUUUUGUCCGGAGGAUUGGACUCGUCACUCGUUGCUGCUGUGGCUUGUCGCUAUUUGGCUAAAUCAGAAGCUGCACGUCAGUGGGGGUCACAAUUACAUACCUUUUGCGUUGGCUUAGAGGGUUCUCCAGAUUUAAAAGCAGCAAGAGAAGUUGCUGAUUAUCUUGGAACUCAUCAUCACAAGUUUCACUUUACUGUUCACGAAGGCAUAGAUGCACUUGAAGAAGUUAUCUACCAUAUUGAGACAUAUGAUGUGACCACUGUCAGAGCCAGCACUCCAAUGUUUCUUAUGUCUCGUAAGAUAAAAUCUCUGGGAGUAAAAAUGGUCCUUUCUGGUGAAGGUUCAGAUGAAAUCUUUGGUGGCUACUUGUAUUUCCACAAGGCACCAAACAAGGAGGAGUUUCACCAAGAAACAUGCCAGAAUAUUAAAGCUCUUCACCUGUGCGACUGUCUGAGGGCCAACAAAUCGACUUCAGCUUGGGGUGUUGAGGCUCGAGUACCGUUUCUUGACAAAGAAUUCAUCAAGACUGCUAUGGACAUUAAACUUCCCCCCCCCCCCCCCCCCCCCCUCCAAUUUUAUACACAGUUCAAGUAUUGUAAUAAGGCUGAUCUUGGGAGAAUUGAGAAUUGGGUCUUGUGCAAAGCAUUUGAUGAUGAUCAGAAGCCAUAUUUACUAAAGCACAACUUGCACAGGCAGAAGGGGCGGUUUAGUGAUGGUGUCGGUUACAGCUGGAUUGAUGGCUUGAAAGAUCAUGCCAACAAACAAGUAACAGAUUCAAUGUUGAUGAACGCAAGCUUUGUCUACCCUGAAAACACUCCGACUACAAAAGAAGGAUACUACUAUAGGACUAUCUUUGAGAAAUAUUUUCCAAAGAAUGCUGCGAGAUCGACAGUUCCCGGUGGUCCAAGUGUGGCAUGCAGCACAGCAAAAGCUGUGGAGUGGGACGCGGAAUGGUCCAAGAACCCUGAUCCAUCUGGUCGUGCUUCACUUGGUGUACAUGCAGCUGCAUAUGAGGAAUCCAAAAAUGUGAAGACUGGAAGUCUUGUGAGUGACUCUCCACAGAAACUUGUAAAAGGGGUUGCAGAGAAAGUGGCUGCAGUAGUUUGAGUGGGAUGAAAAAGAUGAGACCAGAAGGCCUUGUAGGGAAUCCGUCACGACUGUUAGUAGUUUAUAUAACUAGGGAAGGCCUUGCUAUUGUCUCUUAGAUGAGACCAGACCAGUUGAUGCUUAUAUUUUCUAUCUGUAAUUUUCUUUGACCACGACAAGAUUAUGUUUUUGGUUCAACAUGUAUGCAAUUUAGAUAGGUUUCUAUGUGCAUUUUGUUUCUUUAAUCCUUCAUCUAGAGAAUGCAGUUCUGAUUUUCCAUUUUUUUCUUA